UCUUCGGAAAGGUGGAAAGAGGUCGGUAGAAGAGCAUGCAAUCAAUCCCUCCCAGUGGUCCGUCCCCUUCCGCUCCAGUGCUCCUUUUAAUUUCUGACAAAUAGGGACACUCCCUAUCACAAUCCUUCUAACUCCCAGUUGCAUCACAAUCACCUGGAGCGCCCUGGGCUCCCACCUGCCUUCCUGCCCUCCCUCUUCCCCUUUCCCUCCCCUCCCCUCAGGGACUCGGGAGGUCCGCGGGAGCUGGCUGCGAGGUGGACGUCUGAGAGCCACUUACUUAAAAGAGGGCAGCUGAGCCCUCCCAGGAAGCCGGACUUCCACAAUCUGAACCUGAGUGGGGCCCGGCCGCCUGUGGUUUGCUGAGAUGCAGGGUCCAGGGCCAUCGCGGGGAGCUGCGAAAUUACAGUGACACCGAAACUGAAGGAGAGAUUUUUAGUUCCUUAGUGCAAUAUUUUGAUGAUAAUUUGGUGCGAAAAGUUAAAGCGAUGCCAUUAGUUGAAGAAACUUCUUUACUUGAAGAUUCAUCAGUGACUUUGCCUGUGGUGAUAAUAGGAAACGGACCCUCAGGAAUAUGCCUUUCAUAUAUGUUAUCAGGCUACCGACCAUAUUUAUCAUCAGAAGCAAUACACCCAAAUACAAUCUUGCAUAGUAAAUUAGAAGAAGCAAGACAUCUCUCCAUUGUGGAUCAGAACUUGGAAUACCUGGCUGAGGGCCUUGAGGGCCGAUCAUGCAAUCCAGUUGCAGUACUUUUUGAUACACUUCUUCAUCCAGAUGCUGACUUUGGGUAUGACUGUCCAUCCAUUUUGCAUUGGAAAUUAGAGCAACAUCAUUAUAUCCCUCACUUAGUUCUUGGUAAAGGUCCACCUGGUGGGGCUUGGCAUAAUAUGGAAGGCUCCAUGUUGACAAUCAGCUUUGGAAAUUGGAUGGAGCUACCUGGACUGAAAUUUAAAGAUUGGGUGUCUAGCAAACGAAGGAACCUAAAAGGGGAUCGAGUUAUGCCAGAGGAAAUAGCUCGCUACUAUAAACAUUAUGUAAAAGUCAUGGGACUUCAGAAGAAUUUCAGAGAAAAUACUUACAUAACCUCUGUAUCAAGACUGUACAGAGAUCAAGAUGACAGUGAUGGUCAAGACAGAGAUAUUUCAACAGAACAUUUACAAAUCGAGAAGUUAAAAUUUGUCAAGAGAAACUGGGAAAUCAGAGGUUAUCAGCAAAUAGCGGAUGGUUCUCAUGUUCCCUUUUGCCUCUUUGCUGAAAAUGUAGCUCUAGCAACUGGAACAUUGGAUUCUCCGGCCCAUCUGGAAAUUGAAGGGGAAGAUUUUCCUUUUGUGUUUCAUUCAAUGUCUGAAUUUGGAGCUGCUAUAAGCAAAGGAAAAUUGCAUGGCAAAGUGGAUCCGGUGUUAAUUGUAGGUUCUGGGCUUACUGCAGCUGAUGCAGUACUAUGUGCUUAUAACAAUAAUAUUCCUGUGAUCCAUGUAUUUCGCAGGCGAGUAACUGAUGCAAGCUUAAUUUUCAAACAGCUUCCCAAAAAGCUCUAUCCUGAAUAUCAUAAAGUCUAUCAUAUGAUGUGUACUCAGUCAUAUUCUACAGACUCAAAUGUUUCAUCUGAUUAUACCAGUUUUCCUGAGCACCAUGUGCUUUCCUUUAAGUCGGACAUGAAAUGUGUUCUUCAAAGUGUCUCUGGAUUGAAGAAAAUAUUUAAACUGUCUGCAGCAGUAGUAUUGAUAGGUUCUCAUCCUAAUCUGUCUUUUCUGAAAGAACAAGGAUGUUACCUCAGCCAUAACUCAAGCCAGCCAAUCACAUGUAAGAAUAAUCCUGUGGAAAUAGAUGCAUAUACCUAUGAAUGUGUUAAAGAAGUCAACCCUUUUGUAUUGGGUCCUCUGGUUGGAGACAAUUUUGUUCAAUUUUUAAAGGGAGGAGCAUUAGGUGUUACAUGCUGUUUAGCUAUAAGACAGAAGAAAUAGCCGCAUUUAUUUGUUGAAAGAGGAGGAGGAGAUGGAAUAGCUUAAAGGAAGUUCACAAGUAAUUUAAAUGGACAGUUUACUAAAGAUUUUUAAUAGUUGUUUUGCAGUGUACUGGCUUGAAUUUUCUGGACUUCUAUUAACUGGAGGAGGGCCUCAAGCUAUAAUAACUUCAUUUUUUAUGGUUAUCAGAACUUAGUGUCCUGAUUUAUAUUGUAAUGUAUCAAAAGUGUCACUGUCAAACAAAUAGAAACACUGCCAACUUGGCCAACUUGGUAUACUUAAAGCUUUCUCUUAACUAAAGCAUUCUUUUUCUUCCAAGUCAUUUUUUGUGAUCAUUUUUGGUUAUUUUUUAUUUUUUAUUCUAAAAUAGUGCAAUGUGAAAUCAAUAAAAACCAUAGUUAUUAUGUAAGGCAGAAAUUGUUCUUACAUACUAGGCCACCUUGCUUCUCAAAAAAUGACCCUAAGGACUAGCAGCAUCAGCUUCAUCUGUAGUUUGUUAGAAGUGUAGGCACUCUGCGGGCCCCACAGAAUAAUCAGAAACUGCAUUCUUAAAAGAUCCCUCAGGGGUAGGUUUGUGUAUUAAAGUUUCAGAGACAUGCUGAUCUAAAUGAUAAUGGGUUAUAAAGUAUGCUGGGGUGGGAUAAGGGUAGGCAUUUUCAACUCAGGUUUUAUUUAUUUUGAAAUUAUCACUUGUAUAAAUCUAACUUAUUACCAAAUAUGAUGGUCUUUUAAAAAUAUUUUUAUUGUUGAAACCUUGACAGGUGCUUCAUAUUCGUAACUUCCAAUAAUUUAAACAUUCCAAUAAUGUUACAUGCUGUGACAUCCAAGAACCCACCAAGAUAUUUUUCAGAGGUUUAUUCUCCCCUUAACCAUCAUAACAUCUAAUUAAUCUGAUUUGCAGUUCAAUACAUUGUGGAUGAAACUACUAACCACUGUGUGAAUAUUGAGCUAAUGUCACUGAAACUAAGAUUUGGGCAUGGAAAGUAUUUCUAAAAUUGUAACCCUAUUUGGGUAUUGUCAGAAUUAAAGCUUAAUGUGGAAUGUCAAAUUAAAAUUUUCUUUUCUAUUCUAGGGUGUUUAUUACUUUGAGAUCUCUAAUAGUAUUUGUUUAUCGAAGAUGGCAACAGCUCAUACUGUGGUUUUUAUUGGUUUUAUUUGCUCUAAUCUUCAUUUAUAUUUAUUGUGCUUAAUAUCUGUAUUUCCACACAACUCUAGAAAUAUUAAUGUUCGAAAUGGUGGCACACACCUGUAGUUCAGCACUUGGGAGGCUGAGGCAGGAGGAUCACUGAGAGUUUGAGGCUAGCCUUGGCUAUGUGUUGAAUUUGAGGCCAGCCUGAAUUGCAUAGCGAGACCCUGUCUCAAAAACAGUCUUCCGAGUUUGCCUUGGAAACAAAUUUUCAGCCCCCUCAUCUUAAUCUUCUAGUUCUGUUCUUCUUAGAACUAAAAACUGGACAAACAUGUCAGUAUUUUUCUGUCCAUUAUCUUGCAAUGCUAUAUGCUGGCUUACUAGGAUCAUAAUUCACUUUAAAUAUAAUUGUUUAGAAUUAUUUAUUUCUAUCAACUAAUCACUUAGGUGAAUUCUAGGAAUCUCGGUAACUGUCAGGCCUGAUUAAUGUGAUUUUAUAAACCAAUCCAGUUUUAGUUUCCUUUUAUAUAAUUUUCAAACUGAUCUCACAUCUUAAUUGAAAUGGUAUGACAUUUUCUUACUGCACUUGACCCAGUACUCUUGCUUGCCUGUUUUUGAACUCUGAAUCAGUUGGAUUGGAUACUUAGUAUGUCACUUCUAAAUUGAAAAUGACAUCAUUAUAAAGAUGGUUUCUAGAGAAGGAUAAGACCUAUUGACGUCUCUGUAUAUCUCAAAAGUCUGCUUUAACAACCAAUAACAUUUUUAUGAGUAUUCGUUUUUAAAAACUACUUUAGGGAAUCAGUAAAGUCCUAAAUAAGCCUGGUAGAUAACUUCCUCUUUGAUAAUCUCAAAUUUUCCAAGUCUUCAUCAGUCCUAGCUAUCUUGUGUAGCAUGUAACAUGCAAGGCAUUUCUCUGAUGUACAGUACUAUAUUCCUGUAUGCGUUAGUCUUAUUUUCUACCCUAUAAUUCCAGAUUUCUCAUACUUUUAAGAAUCGACUAGCUAUUUAAAAGACAGGAAAAUUACUAAAUACUUGACUAUUCAUAGGGUAAGCAAACAUCUUCCUAUUCCUCCUAGCUUGGCAUAUGCAAAUCAUACUUAAUAUUUGUUAAAAGCAUAUUUAUAAAGCACAAUCUAUUGGGGAUUUUUUUAAAAAAUACAAUAAAAUCUGAUUUACAGUA